UCGGGCGAAGUCCGCGCUCCCCGCCCGUUUCUCCGCUAGAUGAGGUCGCGGUAGUCUGGCGCGGCCGCCCACCCCUGUCCCGGCAGGAGGAAAACUGCAAGUCUCCGGAUACCGUGGCCACCGUCCCCGCAACGAGAUCUCGAAUCCCUUCAGCCGGAAGUGGCCGUGCGUGUUGGCGGGAUCAUGGCGACGUUUGCCGAGAUGCCAGACUCGGUCCUGCUGGAGGUCUUCUCUUACCUCCCGGUUCGGGACCGGAUCCGCAUGUCCAGGGUCUGUCACCGCUGGAAGAGGCUGGUGGACGACCGGUGGCUGUGGCGACACGUCGACCUGACGCUCUACACGAUGCGGCCAAAAAUCAUGUGGCAUCUGCUUCGCCGGUACAUGGCAUCCAGGCUCCAUUCCCUGCGGAUGGGUGGCUACCUGUUUUUAGGCUCCCAGGCCCCCCAGCUAUCUCCUGCCCUGAUGAGGGCCCUGGGCCAGAAAUGCCCCAACCUGCAGCGCCUCUGUCUGCAUGUGGCCGACCUGAGCAUGGUGCCCAUCACCAGCCUGCCCUGCACGCUGAGGACCCUGGAGCUGCACAGCUGUGAGAUUUCCAUGGCCUGGCUCGUCAAGGAGCAGGACCCCACUGUGCUGCCCCUGCUCGAGUGCAUCGUGCUGGACCGCGUCCCCGCCUUCCGGGACGAGCACCUGCAGGGCCUGACGCGCUUCCGUGCCCUGCGCUCACUGGUGCUGGGCGGCACCUAUCGCGUGACUGAGACAGGGCUGGAUGCAGGCCUGCAGGAGCUAAGUUACCUGCAGAGGCUGGAAGUGCUGGGCUGCACCCUCUCAGCCGACAGCACCCUCCUGGCCAUCAGCCUGCACCUCCGAGGUGUGCGUAAGAUCCGGCUGACUGUGCGGGGUCUCUCUGCCCCUGGCCUGGCCAUCUUGGAGGGGAUGCCAGCCCUGGAGAGUCUGUGCCUGCUGGGCCCGCUUAUCACCCCAGAAAUGCCUUCCCCGGCUGAAAUCCUGUCAUCCUGCCUCACCAUGCCCAGACUCAGGGUCCUUGAGCUCCAGGGGCUGGGGUGGGAGGGCCAGGAGGCUGAGAAGAUCCUGUGUAAGGGUCUUCCCCACUGUAUGGUGAUCAUCAGGGCCUGCCCCAAAGAGUCCAUGGACUGGUGGAUGUGACCAUACCACUUGUCCCAGGGACCCAUCUCAGCUUCCACUGAUGAGCCCUAGACCCUCUGAGUAACACUUUGUAGAGGGCAGGUGAUCAGACUGGGUGGGGGGCUGAAUGCCAUAGAGAGAGAACCAGGGCCUUGGAACCCUCCAGACAAGUGGAGUCACUGUUUGCCAGCUGUGUGGCCUUGGUGACAUCAGCCAAGCUCUCUGGAUAUGGGGAAGACCAUAGCUACCUCAUGGUUAUGUUGCAAAGCCUUACUCUUACCAGCCUGGCCCCAAAAAGUCCCUGAUCAAGGGUCCUUCUCAGGAACAGGACAGAUGCAGAAGGGUGGGGUUAGGAGCUGGGGGGUCCUGAGAAGCCGAGACUGCUCAGGAGACCUGGAAUGACUGUCCAUGCCUGUGCACCCAUGCAUUGUCCAUAGACCUACAUGCACGUAAGGGAAGCAGAGAGAAAGGCAAGUGAGACUUGCACUUUGAUAAUUAAAAUGUUAGUGAAGGUUUUACAUGCUAUUUUCUGUAUUUGGUAUUCUGUAUUUUCCAAGUUUUCCACAAUGUAUGUUAUUUUGCUAUUAAAAAUACAUUGUGUUUUGUUUUUUUCAAAGAA